CUCCUCCCUCCAUACUUAUAAGGUGUGCUCGUUCAGAAACUUCAACGACGUUGACGCCGCAUCAGAUUUUCAGCCAGCCACUCAACGCCACUGUUGGUCCACUACAACGCUCUCCGAGAAAGAAACUUCAGAGAGAGAGAGAGAGAGGGAGCCAACUCUUCUCUCUCGUAUCUGAGCUUGUUCUUUUGGAUAGAUCGGGAGUGUGUGAAAUGUAUACGCUUAUUUUCAGUUUCUCGCUGUUUCAUCGGGCACUUUUACUCUUCUUCUACCGUUCUUACCCUUUGUCUUCACUCACAUUCUCCUUUUAGUCCUUCCUUUUACCCUUGUUCCAUGCGUAAAAGCGCUGUUUUGCUGGAAACUCGCUUCGUAUGUUGCUCUUCCAUGAACUCCUUAAAAAGUCUGCUGAAUUAACUGAUUUUCCUCUUUUUUUUUUAAAAUUUAAAUUUCAAAAUGAUUUGAUAUUUGAAGUCUUGAAGGUAGAUUUUAAUAGGAGUUAUGUCUAGGAUUUGUUGUAUAUUUUUUUUUGUAAAAUAGUAUACCGUUAUCUAUUUAAUUUUUUUCAUGUUAAAACGUUCGAAUCCUUGAGAUUCGGGAUCAUUGAAAGCAUUUAAAUGUUGGUGUUUUUGUUGAUUUCAAAUCAGAACAGGCAGCUAAAAACCGUGACGGUUUGUUGGACAGAAUAAAAUCUCUGACUAUGUGUAUUUGUAACUUUUAUCAGAACUGCAUUGCAGAGACCCAUGUUUAUUAGCGGUUUAUUACAGGUACCUGGUAGUGAGAGGUUGGGGCUUACUUAUUUUUGGCAAGUGCAACAGCCUUGUUUUUUUCAAUCAUAUCUAAAUAGUCUUGCGGUUUGGGAAAGCAAGAGUGACUGUGAGUGUUUGACUUGAUUGUUGAGUUCAAUUUUUGUUUUUGGAGAUUUGUGUAGAAUGGAUUUGCUGUGAGUAAAUCUUUGGUGGAAGUGGGUUGGAGAAGAAAGAAGAAAGGUGAAGUGUGAAAAAUGGGGGCUGUUAGUGGGGAAGAAGUUAUGAAGAUGGAGAAGAUGCAAAUGCCAAAUAGCCAUGAGGAGAAGAUUCUUGUUUUGGUGAGGUUGAGACCUUUGAGUGAGAAAGAGGUUGUUGCAAAUGAAGUAGUUGACUGGGAAUGCAUCAAUGAUACCACCAUCUUAUAUCGGAACACCCUCCGUGAGGGUUCUACAUUUCCAUCGGCCUAUACGUUUGACAGAGUAUUUCAUGACGACUGUCCUACGAAACAAGUGUAUGAAGAUGGAGCCAAGUCAAUAGCUCUUUCAGUUGUUAGUGGUAUUAACACGAGUAUUUUUGCAUAUGGUCAAACAAGCAGCGGAAAGACAUAUACCAUGACUGGAAUAACUGAACACACUGUAGCUGAUAUAUUUGACUAUAUACACGGGCAUGAAGAAAGAGCAUUUGUUUUGAAAUUCUCAGCAAUUGAGAUCUACAAUGAAUCAAUUAGAGAUCUCCUUGGCAAUGAUAAUGCUUCACUUAGGCUGCUAGAUGAUCCAGAGAGAGGAACUAUCUUGGAAAAAGUCACAGAACAAACUCUGAAGGACUGGAACCAUUUAAAGGAACUCCUUUCUGCUUGUGAAGCUCAAAGACGGAUAGGGGAGACCUUACUGAAUGAGAAAAGCUCCAGAUCUCACCAAAUUAUUAGAUUGACAAUUGAAAGUUCUGCUCGAGAGUUCUUAGGGAAAGAAAAUUCAACAACCCUUUCUGCCAGUGUGAACUUUAUUGAUUUGGCGGGGAGUGAGCGUGCAUCUCAGGCAUUGUCAACUGGGGCAAGAUUGAAAGAAGGUUGCCACAUAAACCGUAGUUUACUGACUCUGAGCACGGUCAUUCGUAAGCUAAGUAAAGGAAGACAUGGACACAUAAAUUAUAGGGACUCUAAGUUGACACGCCUACUUCAGCCUUGCUUGGGUGGUAAUGCUAGAACUGCCAUUAUAUGCACUUUGAGUCCUGCUCGCAGUCAUAUUGAGCAAACUAGAAACACUCUUUUGUUUGCUUGCUGUGCCAAGGAAGUUACUACUAAAGCACAGGUUAAUGUGGUCAUGUCUGAUAAGGCAUUGGUUAAGCAUUUGCAAAAAGAGUUGGCUAGACUGGAAAGUGAGUUGAGAAGUCCAGCCCCCAUUUCAUCAAGUUGUGAUUUACCUGCAUUACUGAGAAAGAAAGAUCUUCAGAUCCAGAAGAUGGAGAAGGAGAUUAAGGAGUUGACUAAGCAACGAGAUCUUGCUCAAUCUCGGGUUGAGGAUUUGCUCAGAAUGGUUGUGCAUGAUCAAGACAUGAGACAAGAGGCUGCUAUCAAUCAUCAUCCAAAGCACCAAGUAGAUGGUACACGGGAAGAUUCCAUAUCAGAGUCAUCAGGUGUAGCUUAUUUGAAUCAUAUGGAUGUAGGGGCAAAAAGGUCGAAUGGAACUCAUUAUUAUGACACAGAGAGUGGGAGUAAUUCUGAUGAUCUGUAUCACCAGGAAAACACUGAAAGUCAUUCUUUUUCUGAUUGUACAUCUUCACCACUUUUGAUUGAAAAGAAUUUUGUAAGAUCCCAUUCAGGUAAUGUUUUAGAUGAGAAUGCAAAUAUAACUCUUGAAGAUUCUGAUGAGUACUGCAAGGAAGUUCAAUGUAUCGAGAUGGAAAGGACAACUGGGGAUAAAAAUGAAUCCCGUAGAUUAUCAAAUACAGACAAUGAGGGACUGCUAGCCUUGACAUAUGAAAAUGGGGAUGCGACAGGUCAGGAAAUAACAUCAAACGCUGCAUUGAAGCAGAGAUUGAAUAAUGUACAAAAGACCAUUGAUUCUCUUAUCAGUCACCCUGAUCUUAGCGAAAAAUCUCCAAUGUCCUUGGCAGCAGAUAUGUCAAGUUCCAGAAACCUGACACUAAUGAGGAGCUGGAGUUGUAGAGCGAAUCUCAUGGCCGACUCAUCUACUCCUGGCCUUAAGAAUGGAGAACAAAUUGAGAGCACUCCACCCAAUGGGAUGGAGAGAAACUUUCUUGGAAGACCAGAAGGCUUCCGAAGAAAAUUUUCACUAUUUAAUCAUGGUAAAAACAAUGCAUGUUUAUUAAGAAAUGAUUCUUCAUCUUCUUUGGAGACAGCUUCCAUCAAAACCUCAGCAGAUGAGGAUAUCACUAGCAUUCAUACUUUUGUUGCAGGAUUGAAGAAAAUGGCCAAAAAUCAGGUUCAGGAGACAGGACUAAAAGCUGAUGACUUUGAAAAGAAUGUGAAAGAUGUAGGAUUGGAUCCAAUGCAUGAAGCAUUGGCAACUGACGAUUGGCCGUUGGUAUUUGAGAGCCAGCAAAGAGCUAUAUUUGAACUUUGGCAAAGUUGCAAUGUUUCAUUGAUCCACAGAACAUAUUUCUUUCUGCUCUUUAAAGGUGAUCCAUCAGAUUCUGUUUACAUGGAGGUAGAGCAUCGGAGACUUUCCUUCCUCAAGGAAACAUUUUCUCAGGGAAAUCAGGCUUUGGUAGAUGGUCGAACCCUUACUUUUGGUUCAAGUUUGAAGGCUCUUUGUUGUGAGAGAGAGACGCUGAGCAAGCUGAUGCGUAAAAGGCUUUCAGAAGAAGAGAGGACAAAACUCUUUGAGAGGUGGAAUAUCAGAUUGGACUCAAAGCGUAGAAGGCUACAGCUGGCCAAUCUAUUGUGGAGUGACACAAAGGAUAUGAACCACGUCAAAGAGAGUGCAGCCGUUGUGGCAAUGCUGAUCAGGUUCGUAGAGCAGGGGCAAGCAGUCAAGGAAAUGGCUGGACUUAGCUUCACACCCCCAGUCACAAGGCGUAGAUCGAUUGUGUGGAAAAACCGCAUGGCAUCCCUUCUGUAAGCUUGUGUUUAUCCAAUAUGUAUACAGCUAAUUGAGAGAAUCUGUUGAAUUAGGUAGGUCUAAUAGCAUUCUUUUGAUGAGUGAAGUUGUUACUGAUUUGUGCCUAUGGACUAUGGUGAUCUAGUGCCGUGUAAUCCUUUCAUUAUUGGUUUUAGUAAAAUGGCUUUCUGGGUUUGGUUAA